GCACCCAGCUCGGGCGGUGGGGGCGAGCCGAGGGGCUGAGGGGCGGAGAGGCCGGGCGGGCCGCGGCUGCGGGCCAGGGUGCGCGCGGCGGGCGGGGGCGGAGCCGGAGCCGGAGCCGACGCCGACGGGCGGUGGCUGGACUGGGACCCCGGAAUCCCGCGCGCUGCACCACAAUUCGCUCCUGAGGAACUUAGAAAGAUUGUACAAUGAAUGGUGAUUCUCGUGCUGCGGUGGUGACCUCACCACCCCCAACCACAGCCCCUCACAAGGAGAGGUACUUUGACCGAGUGGAUGAGAACAACCCAGAAUACUUGAGGGAAAGGAACAUGGCACCAGACCUUCGCCAGGACUUCAACAUGAUGGAGCAAAAGAAGAGGGUGUCCAUGAUUCUACAAAGCCCUGCUUUCUGUGAAGAAUUGGAAUCAAUGAUACAGGAGCAAUUUAAGAAGGGGAAGAACCCCACAGGCCUUUUGGCAUUACAGCAGAUUGCAGAUUUUAUGACCACGAAUGUACCAAAUGUCUACCCAGCAGCUCCGCAAGGAGGGAUGGCUGCCUUAAACAUGAGUCUUGGUAUGGUGACUCCUGUGAAUGAUCUUAGAGGAUCUGAUUCGAUUGCAUAUGACAAAGGAGAGAAGUUAUUGCGGUGUAAAUUGGCAGCGUUUUAUAGACUAGCCGAUCUCUUCGGGUGGUCUCAGCUUAUCUACAAUCAUAUCACAACCAGAGUGAACUCCGAGCAGGAACACUUCCUCAUUGUACCUUUUGGGCUUCUUUAUAGUGAAGUGACUGCAUCCAGUUUGGUUAAGAUCAAUCUACAAGGAGACAUAGUAGAUCGUGGAAGCACUAAUCUGGGAGUCAAUCAAGCUGGCUUCACCUUACACUCUGCAAUUUACGCUGCACGCCCGGACGUGAAGUGCGUUGUGCACAUUCACACCCCAGCAGGGGCUGCGGUCUCUGCGAUGAAAUGUGGCCUCUUGCCAAUCUCCCCGGAGGCGCUUUCCCUUGGAGAAGUGGCUUAUCAUGACUACCAUGGCAUUCUGGUGGAUGAAGAGGAAAAAGUUUUGAUUCAGAAAAAUCUGGGGCCUAAAAGCAAGGUUCUUAUUCUCCGGAACCACGGGCUUGUGUCAGUUGGAGAGAGCGUUGAGGAGGCCUUCUAUUACAUUCACAACCUUGUGGUUGCUUGCGAGAUCCAGGUUCGAACUCUGGCCAGCGCAGGAGGACCAGACAACUUAGUCCUGCUAAAUCCUGAGAAGUACAAAGCCAAAUCCCAUUCCCCAGGCUCUCCGGUAGGGGAAGGCACUGGAUCGCCUCCCAAGUGGCAGAUUGGUGAGCAGGAAUUUGAAGCCCUCAUGCGGAUGCUUGAUAAUCUGGGCUACAGAACUGGCUACCCUUACCGAUAUCCUGCUCUGAGAGAGAAGUCUAAAAAAUACAGCGAUGUGGAGGUUCCUGCUAGUGUCACAGGUUACUCCUUUGCUAGUGACGGUGAUUCGGGCACUUGCUCCCCUCUCAGACACAGUUUUCAGAAGCAGCAGCGGGAGAAGACAAGAUGGCUGAACUCUGGCCGGGGUGAUGAAGCUUCUGAGGAGGGGCAGAAUGGAAGCAGUCCCAAGUCGAAGACUAAGGUGUGGACGAACAUUACACACGAUCACGUGAAACCCUUGCUGCAGUCUCUCUCGUCCGGUGUCUGCGUGCCAAGCUGUAUUACCAACUGCUUGUGGACUAAAGAGGAUGGACAUAGAACUUCCACCUCUGCUGUCCCUAACCUGUUUGUUCCAUUGAACACUAACCCAAAAGAGGUCCAGGAGAUGAGGAACAAGAUCCGAGAGCAGAACUUACAGGACAUUAAGACGGCUGGCCCUCAGUCCCAGGUUUUGUGUGGUGUAGUGAUGGACAGGAGCCUCGUCCAGGGAGAGCUGGUGACAGCCUCCAAGGCCAUCAUUGAGAAGGAGUACCAGCCCCACGUCAUUGUGAGCACCACAGGCCCCAACCCCUUCACCACACUCACAGACCGUGAGCUGGAGGAGUACCGCAGAGAGGUGGAGCGGAAGCAGAAGGGCUCCGAAGAGAAUCUGGAUGAGACUAGAGAACAGAAAGAAGAGAGUCCUCCAGACCAGCCUGCGGUCCCCCACCCGCCUCCCAGCACUCCAAUCAAGCUGGAGGAAGGAGACGGCUGCGCUAGAGAGUACCUGUUACCCUAACCUUCUGCCGGAGCCGACUACUGGAGACGACAGUGAUGCCGCCACCUUUAAGCCGACUCUCCCCGAUCUGUCCCCUGACGAGCCUUCAGAAGCACUUGGCUUCCCAAUGUUAGAGAAGGAGGAGGGAGCCCAUAGACCCCCAAGUCCCACUGAGGCCCCUACUGAGGCCAGCCCCGAGCCAGCCCCAGCCCCAGCCCCGGUGGCCGAAGAGCCUGCCCCCUCAACUGCCGAGGAGGGGGCUGCUGCGGACCCUGGCAGUGAUGGGUCUCCAGGCAAGUCCCCAUCCAAAAAGAAGAAGAAGUUCCGUACCCCGUCCUUUCUGAAGAAGAGCAAGAAGAAGAGUGACUCCUGAAGGCCCUGCGCUAACACUGUCCUGUCCGGAGCGACCCUGGCUCUGCCAGAGUCCCUGACUGCAUCUCGUGCUCUGUCCUUGUGUAAUGGAAUGCAAAAAGCCAAGCCCUUCGCUAGCUAGAGCUCCCCUUUACGUGACCAGCCCUGUGCGUCCCGAGGGUUGACCGAGUGUGUGCUCUGCAGCCCCGCCACACCCUGCCCCUUAUCCUCUCAGCCUCAGCUUCUAGGGAAGACGUGCUGUCCCUGCAGGUGGGAGGCAUUAAGUCAUGGUUCUGGCUGGAAGGUCCUAGAGGCUUCUGCCAGUUUUGGCGACAGGCGUCACCCUCGAGUCUUCACCUCUCCCGCUGUACUACCUGUUAGGAAAUCACAUUCUGUCUCUGCUUAGCUUCCCCUCUACCCUAAGGUCUCAGGUGAUGGACUCAGACUCCUGGCUUCAUGUGGCAUUCUCUCUGCUCAGUGAUCUCACUUACAUCUAUAUACAAAGCCUUGGUCCCGUGAAAACACUUGUGUGCCCACCAGCGGCCUUGAAGAGGCAAGUCUGGGCCAGAUGCUGGGCAGGAAACGCCAGCAGCAGAUGGGCCUGUGUGUACCCAACACGACGCUAUGCAUGGUCUGACGAAUGAUCCCUCGACCAGAACCACAUUCAGGAGCUCACAGUUUUUUCACUCGGGUCUCUGGAUUCCUGUCAUAGGGAAGGUAUAUCAGGAGGGGAAGAGUCUUUUCUAGAAUUUUCUUUCAGCAGGUUUACAAUUUAGCUUACAUUUUUGACUGUGAACAUGAACAGGCUGCUUUUUGCUUUUUUCUUUCCAGACCCCGCAGCAGAGCACUUUUCACUUACUUGGGGGAGGUUUCAGGGAAUCUGUUCUCACCUUAACUCGGCCAGAAAGAUGCCCUAGUUGUGGUAAAAGGUAACUUGAGGUGGAGAGUGGCCCCGGGGCCUCUCGAUAUCUCCAUCCUCCGAGCGCUGCUUGGCUAGUAACUGUUACUCUCACUUCCCUGGAAAAGGGCUCAGAGCUGCGGAGCAGGAACUGGAGGGUGAUCCAUUUCAGGAGCUGCCCCAGUACCAGCCUGACUAGGUGCAGGCAAGCUUGUAUGGGACAGGCCCCUGGUAGAGCUGGUGCCAGAUGUAGGCUCAGGUCCUGGGCACGAUGGGCCAAGCCACUUUGGGUCCCACCAAUUGGAAGGCCGUGUGAGCACCGGGCUGCCGCGUGGCACUGACCGCUGUCUGGAGCUUCUCUGAGCCGCAGGGCCUGCUGCGUGGGCAAGCGUGCUGUUUUUCUUAUGUGUUGUUUUGUUGCCAAGGCAGAAUGAAAGUCCUUAACCGUGGACUCUUCCUUCACCCCUCCUUUCAUCCCUUCCUUUAUCCCACAUAUGCAAUGACUUUUAAUUUUCACUUUUGUAGUUUAAUCCUUUGUAUUACAACAUGAAAUAUAGUUGCAUAUAUGAAAACAGACUUGGAAGGACAGAUCCUGAAUGUCCUUUCUCCAUUGUAACAUGUUUUACUCACAAAUAAAAUUCUUUAAGCAAUU